AUGGCAAGGACUUUGAGUGACGUAUCGGACAUUGAGUCCUGGCAAUAUGCCCUCGACGGUUUGAGAACGAAGCAUGCAUCUUGUGGUGAUGAAUUUGAAAACGUUUUGACGAAUGUCUUGAAAUUCAGCACUGAGCUACUAGAAAAUGACGUGACUAGAGUAUGCUUGAGGAGUUUUGCACUGCGAGGCGUGAAAAGUGAGGCUGCCGGAGCAUCUCUGAUAGACAGUUGGAUCAGGGAAGGCAUUCUUGUCACGCGCUCUGAGGGUGAAAGGGUCAUCAAGAAUCUACUCGAUGAGAAGCUGCUCGAGUUGUCCAAGAAUGGGGAAUUUCCUGAAGAAGCUUGUGAAUUUAUGAUGCGGGGUGGUCUAGGACUGGUUGAGCCAUCGGAGGUAGGGGAAUGGGAGAGAGCUAAAGAGAUCUGCUUGAUGCAGAAUGAUUUUACUGAACUGCCCGAAAAUCCAAGGCGCCCUUCACUUUCGGUUCUUUUCCUGCAAAGAAAUCACAAGCUGAGGACCAUACCACCUUCAUUUUCCGGUCAAAUGCCAGCUCUUGAAGUCCUCAACCAGUCCAGAACAAGCAUCAAGUCCUUGCCCGACUCGCUCUUCCAGCUGGUCAGUCUCAAGAGACUCUUCUUGAAUGAAUGCAUCCUUCUCAGGACAUUAUCUGCAAAAGUCGGAGGGCUUAAGAACCUUGAGGUACUCGACCCCGAAGGAACAAAGCUCAUGGGACUACCAAAGGAAAUUGAGCAACUCGUCAACUUGACUUGCUUGGAAGUCUCAAUUUUGGGAAGUGCGAGCCAUAAAUUGUCCAAGACAGUGUAUCCACUGAUUCUUUCUGGAGUGCUAUCAUCUCCGUUGCACUUGGAAGAAUUGAAUAUUGACGUGGGUCCUGAUGCUGAAUGGUGGGAUUCUCGUGCAGAAGGUCUGGUUGGUGAAAUCUGUAGCUUGGAAAGGUUGAGUACUCUUCUACUUUCCGAAAGUGGAACUUUUGCGGCAGUUCGAUGCAAUAACCUUAUCACACUUCAGGCUGAUUGUGGCAAGCACAUUGGCCGCCUCAUGUCUCGACUCUCGGCUGACAUUGAGUUUGAACUGGAACAAUGGGACAGGUACUUGAAGUACAUUCAAGGUGAGGGUGUUCCUGAAGAAGUGAAGAAGGUGUCGGGACAAUCAGACGCAUUUUUCUCGGAUUGGCACGCUAGUCCUGAGAAGUUGUCCUGUUUCGGAACAGAAAAUAUGGAACAACUGAAGUGCUGCGUACUGGGGAUUGCACUAAGCUUCAAGUACUAA